ACGGUGUGUUUGACUGACUCUCUCUAUAACUGUCUUAAUCGCCUCUCUCGGUUAUAAGCCUCAAGACGAGAGGAAAUCAUCAGGAAAAAAUGACUAGAAGACACACCUUCAUCUGUUUUCUGCCUUUGCUGAUUGGGUAUUCAUCUCAGUCCUGUGACAAGGAGACCCACUGCCCCAAAGAGAAGCAGGGUGUUUAUGGCAGUGAUGUGACACAGAUCCCGGUAAGUCUGAAAGCAGGUGUCACAGAGGUCUUCUUUGUGGACAGUCAAAUCACUGUCAUCCCAAAGGGGGCCUUCGCCACCAACACGAAGCUGGAAAAGGUGGAGUUCAUCAACACCCCCACCGUGUCCAUAGAGAACGGUGCUUUCGAGGGAUUGGUCGACCUCAAGGAUAUUGAGAUCUCCAAUACCCGACUAACAUCCGUGCCUGUAGACGUCUUCCAAGGCCUGCACAACCUGGAAAAACUUCUGCUGAAACACAACAUGAUCCGUAGUCUGGAGAAAGGAUUGUUUGAUGGCCUUAAGAAACUGAGAGAUCUCCAAUUACACAUAAACGAGAUCAACACCAUCGAGGAGGGGACGUUUGAUGACCUAGAAAACCUUCAGACCCUCCAUCUGGCCAAAAACAACCUCAGUUCUGUGUCCUCCGCCCUGUUCUCAAAGCUGCACAAACUGCAGGUACUGAGGCUCUAUGACAACCAACUGACCGCCAUUCCUGACGAUAUAUUCGAAAAUCUAUCCAAUUUAAAGGAGAUCGCUCUACAGAGUAACAAAAUCGCUGCAAUAUCAGCCAAUUUGUUCCCGCAUAAAGACAAAUUAAACAAGAUACUUUUGGACAAUAACAUGUUGACUGAAUUGCCUCCAGAGAUAUUUGUGGGCUUUCCUCUGCUUAAAAUAUUGACACUGAAUGGAAAUAAACUUGCAAGUCUACCUCCUGUCCUCUUUGGAGAGUUGCCUAAACUGACUGAGUUGAGUCUCAAUCACAACAGUCUUACCAGCCUUCCUCAGGGAGUAUUUAGUCCUCUUAAGAAACUCAGGAAGUUGGAUCUGUCUAACAACCAAUUGUCCACCGUGUCUGAAGAGUCUUUUGAGGGCCUUGAGAAGCUAACAGAACUCAAUCUUCAAUACAACCAGAUCAAAUCAUUGAAAGCAAACACCUUUGAAAAGCUGACAUCACUAACCACCCUUAGACUGGCUCAUAAUAGCCUGGGGACACUUCCAGAGGAUAUAUUUGAACCCUUACCAAUACUCAGCAAAGUCUAUUUAAACAACAACACUUGGCAUUGUGACUGCAGGAUGGUCCCACUCUUCAAAUGGAUGAAGGCAAACCCUGGCAAGAUCAAGUCCACGUCUCCUGAGAUCUGUAAUCAGCCAGAGGAUUUAAAGGGACAAGAAAUCAUGUCUCUCACAGAGGACCAGCUCAUAUGUCCUAUAUCUCCUCUGACCACCACCCCUUUACCCACCACAACCACCACCACAGCAACCACCACAACCCAAACAACCACACCACUUGUAACCACCAUGCCCACUACUACAGUCACAACUACAUUUCCAACUACUCAGCCACCUACAACCACUCAGCCAACUACUCUGCCCACUACGACACCAACAAGCACAGAGCCUACGACUACUCAGCCACCUACAACCACUCAGCCACCUACAACCACUCAGCCAACUACUCUGCCCACUACGACACCAACAAGCACAGAGCCUACGACUACUCAGCCACCUACAACCACUCAGCCACCUACAACCACUCAGCCAACUACAACCACUCAGCCAACUACAACCACUCAGCCAACUACAACCACUCUGCCAACUACAACAACUUUGCCAACCACAAUGGCCACUACAACUGAAGCCACCACCCCAACUACAACCACCAUUGUGACCACCACACUAAUAACCACAACUCCGAUACCCACCACCAAAGGGACAACCACAGCACUGACCACAACCACAUUACCCACAAUCACAACAACCACCACUUUAGCUCCUACCACAACCACAACCACCACCUUAGCUCCUACCACAAUCACCACUUUAGCUCCUACCACAACCACAGCUCCUACCACAACCACAACCACCUUAGCCACAACCACAACCACAACCACAACCACAAUGACCACAACCACUGUCACAACCACAAUACCCACCACCACACCUUCUACCACUCUCCCAACAACCACCAUCACAAGAACCACUCGGAGAGAUUCAACGCAGCCACCAACCACGCCAAGGAUCUUCAGCUGUCCCGACAUAUCACCUUCUCGUCGCCCGUCCCCCUCCUACUACACCCACCAGGCCUGGAGCAAGGCCUCACAGUGCAGGGCCCGGAUGAUAUCAUACACAUGCAUGCUGUUGGUGGAGAUAGGCUGCAUCCUGGUGCUGGCUAAGUUCACCCUGUCUCUGUAUCGCUUGCUCCAGCGCAGGGAGAGGCUGUACACCCGGGUAAACCUGACUCAAUUCUCCUACAGGAAGGAGGUGAUGCUGAGGCCAGUCAAGGUGACAGAGACUGUGGGUUUGUGAUCGGGGGGGUCUGGGGGGGUCCAGCACCAUCCUCAGACAAUUGCUUUCAUUUUUUGUGAAAUUCUAAUUUCUGGAUAAGGCUUAAAAUACAGGAAAAAAUAUUGCUAUGUCACAUGAUUGUACAAAACACAGGGCCCUAGUAAUGGGAUAAGGUGGAAGAAAAUAGGGAAUGUUGGUCAUCUUUUCUGAAAAAUAAAUGAACACAAACAUA